AUGGAGAAUAAACUCGUGGUAUCUUUCUCACCCGCUUUUUGUCCUAUUUGAAUAAUUCGCUGCUCUCAUUGUGGACGCCACGCCCUCAUUUUUUUUCCAAAUUUCAACGAUGUUUCAUCUAGGUGCUUGGGAUCCCGUGGGAUGUGGACACCGAAGGACUGAGGGAGUACAUGAGUAAAUUUGGUGAGUUGGAUGACUGCAUUGUGAUGAAGGUAUCGAUUCUUCUUUUGUACAUCCAUACUUUCCUUUUAGUUCAGUCAUUACCUGUUACGUUUCCAUUUUGGGUUCCCAUUCCAAUCUAAAACAUUGAAAAUGAUUAGACUAGUACUUGCUAGUUCCUGUCUAGUUUGGUUCUGAUCCAAUUGGUUGUUUAGUCUUACCUGUAGCUGAGGUAAGACCCAUCUCGGCCUUAGUAGACUGAAAAUAGGCGAGCUUGACUUCGGCCCAACUUUACCGAACACAAUCAUUUUUGGCCCAUAUAUCUGAUCCAACUCGCUUCUCAGUAUCUCGAAUCAACUAUUUCAUUCUGAGAACAUUAUAAUAUAAACCAAUGUUAAUAUUCAUUUUUUCUGCAUUCCAGGAAAUAUCUUAACAUUUUAUCAUCAAUACGGCGGCCUACGUAGCAAUGACAUCCAUACUUUAUCAUUUCAUCGUAAAAUCAAGCUAAUGACGUAGUUUCAUGCUUGCUGCAACCCUAACUGGUUUUGGAUUUGGACCAUUUUUUUUUAGAACCAGUUUAGUUUUACCAACAUUAACCUGGCUAGCCUAAACUUGCAUAGCAUGAUCUCAGACUUGCCUAGCAUGAAUUGCGUUCUUAAUGAAGUAGGUCAAUGCCAACACAAUGAAGUAGAUAAAAAAUGUUGCUAAUCCUAUUAGUUAUGCGAGUUAUUUUUGGGCUGUGUUUUUAUUCCUUUUUUUAUUUGUAAUUCAUCCGAAUGUGCUGUCGAACAACUUGGGUCAACAUUUUUCAACCCUUUCUUUGAUAUCUGAUUUUUUAUUUGCUGUAAGUGCCACCGAUCAAUUUGGAUAGAAUCUAUCGCGCAAUCCUUUUUUGCAUAGAAAUGAGAUUCUUGGAUUAUCAGAUUGAUAUGAAGAGAGGUACUAAAUCUCACUUUGUUGAUCUGACAAGCUGAAGAUAUCUUUUUUCUUUCAUUCAUGCGAGUUUAGUGGACGUUAUUAGUUUACCAAGGUUUGUUGAGUGCAUAGAUUUCAUUGCGCCUUGAUUUAUUUGUGUACAGUUCUUGGCUUUUUGCUUUGAAGUAUUACAAUUAGUGAGUCAAUAUCUGGAUGUGUUGUGCAAUAGUAAUUUGAGCGUAAUAUUUUGCAUGGUUAUUAGAUAGAAACGUGUGUUAUUGAAAUUAGUGCUGAUCUACGUGUUGUCUAUAACUGGGUUGCUGUUUUUUCUUCUUGUAUUGUUGAAUUGUGUGAUAGAUAUGUAUUUUGAAUGUUUUUUGGCCCAAAAUCUAAACAGAAAUUUUCUUUUGACGUCAUUGCACUUUAGGAAAGGUCAACUGGCCGCUCUCGUGGUUUUGGAUAUGUAACAUUUGGGUCAGCUGAGGAUGCUAAGGUAAAUUUUUGUAUACAAUCAUAGUAGUUAUAUCUGAACCUCUUUGUAGUUAUUUCUCUCAGGUUUUUUUUCUUCUAGUUUUGUUGUGUACUAGACUGUGCUACAAUGUGAUGAUCCUGCUGUUUACCUUUUUUUUCUCUUGGAGAUUUCGAUUAUCUUAUCAUCUAGUCUUUGGGGAUAAAUUGUUUCUUUCCAUAUUUAAGUAUGAGCUUAUUCAACUUGUGAGGCUUUGUGUUCUAAUUUCUCCUAUGUUUCUUGAUUCUUUUUCUCAAUCAAAUCCAUUGAACAAGGAUAGGUACCAUUUAAUCGCUGAGUAUUCUUUGUUGUAAUCUUUGAAAUAUCUUUUUUUCUUCAUUUCAACUGGUUUCCUAAGGAUCUCUCGUCUUUUCUGUUAAAAUUGCUUCUAUUUCUUUAUCUGAGUUUGAUAUUCCAAUUUAAAUAAUUUUUAGUAAUAUGAGGACAUUCUUCUUUUCUAGAAAGCACUUGAAAGUGACCAUAUACUGGGAAACAGAAACCUUGAAGUGAAAAUAGCAACGCCAAAGGUGGAGUUAAUUUUUUCCCUGGAAUUUUUGUCUCCUUUUGGGGUUAUGCUUUUUGAAAAAGUAAAUAUUCAGCACUUUAACCCGCCUGAGACAUCCUUAACUCUGGAAUUUGUUUGCCUGUCUACUUAUUGUUGUUGAUAACAUCUAUACUACAGGAAGAAAUGAGAUCAUCAGCUUCAAAGAAAGCUACCCGGAUAUUUGUUGCUCGAAUUCCGUCUUCUGUUACUGAAUCAAUGUUUCAGGAGUAAGAUGAAUUGCUGUCCAUUAUCAGCGAAGCAUCAAUGAUGCAUCUUCUUUGAAAAUUGUGGUUCUGAUGGGGAUGACUGAUACCUAUUCUUUGCAGCUACUUCGCCAAAUACGGUGAGAUCACAGACAUAUACAUGCCAAAGGUGCUGUUUCUACUCUUUACUUUUGUGGGAGUUGUGUUUAGUGAGAAGUGAUGCAAAUUUUCAUUGUCUGUUUUAUGCUACACCUUGUUGGAACCAAAUUUUUAUUUUAGUUUUUUUGGUUUUUGCAGGACCAGGCCUCAAAAAAUCAUCGAGGGAUCGGCUUUAUCACCUUUGAGAGUCCAGGUCUGGCAAUUCUAUGUUUCUUCACUUAGCAUGCUUUGAUUACCUAGACAAAUGAUUAUCCUGGAUGCUGCUCCUUCAGCAUCACGUCGCUUCUUGUUCCUCAGAAUUUGAUCAAUAUCUUUUUUGAUCAAACAGAUUCUGUUGAUACCUUGAUGGCUGAAUCUCACGAAUUGGAAGGCUCCACUGUGGUUGUUGACCGGGCAACCCCAAAGGUCAUUUUCUGCAGUCUUUUGUGUUCAUUUUUUUUUAUCAGUAUGUGAUCUCUCUCAUUUUGCUGACCCAGAUUCAUGUCUCAACCCAUUAGUUUUGAAUGCUUAAUUGAUUGGGAGUAUGAGCUGGCAUAGGGAAUCAUUGAGUUUGAGUCAUGAGGUCGUGUGGCACACACCUAUAUAUAGUUCAAGCCUGCAUGCUACUAUACAUACUUAUAUUUAGAGGUGGCAGAUGUGUGGGAUCGAUGUAUUGGUUGGAUGAGGACUCUUUAGUCUGAAAUAAUGUGUUGUUUCUUUAUUUUUGUACAUUAUUGUUCCAUUUUUAUUGACUAUGGCGGUUUCAUGGGUUCAGGAUGAGGAGUCAAGGCAUUCAAGCCGUUAUCCACAGUCUGGCUAUGGUGCAUAUACUGCAUACAUCUCAGCGGCGACCACAUAUGCUGCAUUGAAUGCCCCUACACUCUAUGAUAAUCCUGGUUCUUCAUAUGGAAGUAAGCUUUAAUAUGUUGAUGUGUAAAGUAAAUCUGUCUAUGUAGGUCUCUAAAGAUUAGAACAAUAACUUCCAUAAAGAAAGAACUCAGAUGAAUGCAAAAUCAUUAUGAAUGUCCCAAAAACCCAUUUGGUUUAAAUUGUGGUUCAGGGGUUCGUCGUCCUGGAAUUGGUAAAAAAAUAUUUGUCGGGAGGCUUCCCCAGGAGGCAAAUGCUGAGGAUUUGCGCCAGUAUUUCAGUAGAUUUGGUCACAUCGUAGAUGUCUAUGUGCCUAAGGUAACUGAGAUCUCUUGCUUUAUUCAUCGAACAUAUAUUCUUUAUAUUCUGGUGCAAAUUAUUUCACAUUCUUUGUAAUCAGGAUCCUAAAAGGAGUGGACAUAGGGGCUUCGGUUUUGUUACUUUCGCUGAAGAAAGUGUAGCGGAUAGGGUAUCACGAAGAACCCAUGAGAUCCAUGGACAGGAGGUUUUUAUUGAAUCUUGUAGCCUAUUUUGAAUUUUUACCUGCUUUUUGGGCCAAUUUUUGUGCUCUAGCCUCUAACUGUGAUCCAUUUCUACUUUAGAGCAUCUGAGAUUUAUGUUCUCCUUCUCUUGGUUUUUAGAGUUAAUGGGCUUCUACCCGUACUGAAUGUCACAGGUAGUGCAAAAAAAGCUUUUAAGGAUAAAACGACAAGUGGUUUAGAUAUAUUACUUGAACUAUUCAUCAAUCAAUGCCGUAUAAAUUUAAUAAAAAUAUUAAAAAAUUUAAUUGUAAGAAUUUAGGAUAUUUAGUCAGUCACCUAUGCUUAAAAAGGAUAACGGCUAGUAUCAUUUUUUAAUUGAAAUUCCUAACUUAUUCACUUUAUUGUAAGAUUUACCGAUCACAUACUUAAAAAAUAUAUAUUACUUGAAAUUCAUCAAUCAAUGCCGACAGCUUACUUUUACAUUGAAUAAUGUUUAUAAUUGAUUUAGAGGUUCUGGCCUUAACUAGUCGAGUUUCCACCUAGACCUAAAUAUUAAAGCAAUAUUUUCACCUUGAUAUCUUCCCCAAGUAUAGGAUGCAUUGAUUAAAGAAGUCUGUAUGAUUAAUGAAUGCUUCUAUUCUUAGAUACUGCUGGUGGAUAAAGCAUGCUCCUGAUUUCCUCCUGUAUUUUUGAUAUAGGGAGAUAAUUUUUUUGUAUGGAUAGCCUUGGUUGAACUAUUUUUUCCCUUUUAUACCAUUCCCAACGUAUAUUUAUCCACGUUCUUUUCCAUUAGUACGCCCUAUUACCCUGUAAAAUAUGUCGUUGUUUUCUAAUUUCUUGCCAGUGUUACCUACUGCAAGCACUGAGCAACUGCUGCUUUGAGAUCGCAUGAUCUCCAUUCUCAAAAAAGUACUCGUAUUGGCUUUCUACCAUGUUCAUAUCCUUUUAAAUCUUAAAUUGUGCUAUCUGUACUCCAAAUUGGAAUUGUCCCAGAACUCCUUUUCCUUGGAUCGCUCUAUUUGGCUGACUGUUACCCAGUUAUGAAUCCCGCCCGUGUUCAUAAAUCGUCACUUUCUGUUCCCUAUUUCCACUGCAGCUUGCGAUCGAUUCUGCCACACCGGUUGAUGAACUGGGGACGAGUGGGCCCUUUGUCGACCCAUCGGCAGAGGCAUACGGGGGCUUUGGCGGGCCGAUGCGGGCUUAUGGUCAAAUGUUUGGAGGGCUCAAUACUGAAGAUGUGAGUACUGAAUGUCUCAGAAACUUCAUCUUUUUCCAGUUCAUAAAGCUACGGCUGUGUGAGACUUUUGCCCCCCUUGAAACCCAGCACUCACAGGAUCUAGUAAUUAAUUCAAAACCCAGGUUAUGAGAGCUCUGGGAGGACACCCCCCCCUAACUGACCUUUGGCGUUGUCGUGUUCUUUGUUUGAUCAGUGGGGCUACAGCGCCAUGGGAGGCAGCAGACCCUCAAGAAUGGAUUGGAGAUACAGGCCAUAUUGA